AGGCAGGUUGGCUUCUCUCACUAAAAUCUCUCUAAGCACUUAUCUCUCCAAAUUCGACACUGACUUGAGCGUUGGAGUGCUAACGGGCAUCCCAAAACCCUUUAGGCGCCUGUCUCUGCAGGAUCUAGGUGCCCCUGGAGAAGUUCAUCAGUCGAAGGUCCGGAGAGGUGGGCCCGGAGGGUACUUGGCUCAAACAAUUGGCGCGCCAGGAAGGGGGCGCAUGGAAAACAUGAACGAAGCAAAUGAGGGGGAGGAUAAUUCAAAAUCGGGGAACUCAAAUCACGAGAAGGGCGAGCGUCAGCGGAGUCAUGAGUUGAGCAUGGACGUGGAGGAGCAAGAGAGCCCUGGGCGCCUGUUAGCGGAUGAGGGGGAAUCCUUGACGAAGAGAGAGUUAUUCCGAAUCAUAGCUGACCAAGAUCGGGCCAUAGCGGCGCUCAGGAGGGAGUUGGAGGGGUGAUAUUCGGCUUUAAUAUAUCGGAUUCUUGGACUUUAUGUGAUUAUCCGUGGUAUGUUUUAGCCGAUUGGUGCUAUUUUAGGGCUCGCUAACCCGAGAAUGGUUGAAAAACCAUUAUUGCCUAGUGCCAUGAGUUUGAUAUGAUACAGGUGGAGAAAGCACGAAAAAGGAACGAGUGCACAAGCAAUAAAUCGGGCUCGAAUUACUUGUGGACUACUCACUUGGGCUCAAGGCCCAGAGGAACUGGACAAAGGCUGAGGACGGGAACCAAAUUCUAUUUUUGGGCCUGAAAUUCUUAAUUUUGGGCGGAUCUAGGCUGGCAAUUUUUUGGUGGGCGGUGGAAUUAUUGUGAGAAGGGGGAACGAAAUUGCUUUUGGGUGGAGGUUUUGGAUUUGGAAGGAGAGUCCAGGGAAGAGAGAAUAAAAAGAAAGGGACAGAGGCAAUUGAAUUCGGGGGGGGGGGGGGGAGAAUUCUCUUGGAGAAAGGAACGGAAUUAAAGCGAAGGCGACAG